AUGACAGUAUUAGACGAUCACGCGGAAUGUUAUAGACAUCGCGUGUGUAACGAAGUGUUUCCUUGUGAAGUUUGUAAAACUUGGACAGAGGAAAAACGGACGUUAAUGAAUAAAAUGAUUGAACGCAAGAAAUCCAAAUCUGGUAAGAAAUCGGCCAAAGUGUCGAAUCCAGCAACAGAAAUUCUCUUUGUGGGGAAUAACACUUGUUCUGAUUCACAAGUUUCCUCUGUGGGAAACAUAGUUGUAUCAGAAUCGCAACCACUCUCGGAUGGGAGACGAAAUGGCGGCAAUUUGGCAAAGGUUUUUUUUCCACCACAAAUGGGUAAUUUACCCCCUUUUAUGCUGGGGAAUUUUGAAACUCAGUGGCAACAGUAUCAAGAAAAUUUCAUGCGAAAUUUGAUAGACGCCAGAGUUAAAGAAUUAGUACAUGGCGCAAGUAAACAGUCUGAAAAACCGUCUACUACACGUUCAGAGAGUAGGUCUACAAGGUUCGAUAGAUUUCGACCUUCAGAUGAUCAACACUCGAGAGAUUCGGAUGAUGAGGAUCUUGUAAGUCACAGAGGUGACAAUGAUCAUGUUAUGAACAAUUCACUAAAUGACGAUGUUGUUGAAGUCCAUGAUGAGGACAACCAUUCUGAGUUUGAUAACUCUGUUGCAAGUUCUGUGCAUACAGAAACUAAUGAUUCAUGCACAGUAGACUGGAAGAAUUUUUUUAAGAAGGUAACUUCGGAAUUAAAAGUAGAUGCUGUGAAUGCUUCUGAAAAUCAGGAUCGAGAUUUCAAGUCCUAUAUAUCAGAACGCUUGAUAGGGACAAAAACAUCUAUCCCACAGCAAUUUUUACCCCUGGAUGGGUACAUUUUGAACACUUUAACUGAUGUAGAUGAGGAGUUCCAGCGUAAAUUUGCAAUACGCACUUAUAAAGCAUCAGAUGAUGAGAAGUACAGAGUAACAUCUGCAGAUUUUGAUAAGUAUUGUACAACGCCACGACUUGAUGACAACAUUGAGGAUAGUAGUUUCUCACAGAAAGGUAAUAAAAAUUCUUACCGUUUCCGUAAUCCUACAUUGCAUUCUCGUAACAAUGAGUUGUGGAAGAUUGAUCAAGAGUCGCGUCUUCUGAGAGAGUUGACAUAUGCUUAUCCUAUUACCUCAUAUGUGGAUAAUGUAGUAUCUGAUGAGGACAAGACGGAGGCCCUUCAGGCACUGAUGGUAGUUUUUAAGUCAAUGGCUGAUGUUACUUCACGUAUCUUAGUGGGUGCAGUUGCGGCACGAAGAGCCAUUCACAUAGAAGAUCUGGCUUUUAAAAACAAGGCAACUGAAAAUAAGCUCCUUGUACAGUCUACUCUUAAUCCUAAACUUUUGUGUGGGAAGUAUUUUGGCAUUCUUCACUCAAGUGCAGAAAGUUUACGGGAUGCUAAAGAAAUGCAACACUUGAGAAGUUCAAAGCAGAGAGAUGGUUCAAACCCUAAUUCUGCAAGAAAGAAAAGGGAAGAUUCAGCUGGCGCUUAAGAGCAGAAAGAUCAGCAAUCAGCCAUUGCAAAGAAGGGGAAGUUUUCCUUUGACAAAAAUGCAAAGACUGGUCUGGGAAAAGGGCGAAAGUUGAAUUCUCGGGUCUCUUUCAAAGGCGAAACUCGUACCUCGGUCCAAGAUCGCUUGGGGUUUCGUCCCAGAAGUAAGCUUAAAAGUUCAACUAGAGACUCGCCUACAGUUGCAGAAAUCAGCCCAAGUAGGUUGUUGGAUCCUUUCUUACCACAGGGAGUGGAUGAAAAUUACAUCCGACGAAUGGGUUUUAAAAAUAGUCCAGGAAGGACUCAAGCUUGUAUUCUUAAAACAUCCUCCAGAGACAGGAGUAAGAAUCACAAAUGUAGAAAAUGUUGCUCAAAAACAAUGUAUUUUAGAAGAAAUAGAAAGUUUAUUAGAAAAGCAAGCCAUAGAGACUGUUCCCAGAGCCCAGGAAGGUCACGGGUUUUACAGCACCUUUUUUGUAGUUCCAAAACGAGGCGGACGGUACCGUCCAGGUCUCAAUUUGAAAUCGUUAAAUGUUUUUCUCCAGAAUCAGCAUUUCAAAAUGCAAUCUCUAAAGUCAAUAAUACAGGCUUUGAAUAUAGGAGAUUGGGUUGCAUCAAUAGACCUAAAGGAUGCAUAUCUACAUGUUCAAACUUAUCUAAAGGACAAAAAAUACCUCAGAUUUUGCAUAGACAACAACCAUUAUCAAUUCAGGUCAAUGCCGUUCAGUCUAACAACAGCUCCAAGAGUGUUCACAAAACUAAUGGGAGCUAUAGGAGCGCAUCUGAGAAGUCAACAGAUUUUCAUUUACAUGUACUUGGACGAUUGGCUUCUGAAAAAUGCAGAUCGAAUGACAUAAAUGCACCAACUACAGAGAACUCUGUUGCUGUUGAUGGAUUUGGAUCUGGUGAUAAAUCAAUCAAAAUCAAUACUCAACCAACUCAACAGAUUACUUAUCUGGGAGCUCUAUUUCUUCUCGAACGUGGUUUGGUCUACCCGUUUGGACCGCUUCCACAGUCUUUGUGGAGUAAUUUCAACCAUGGUUACAGCUUCUUUUAUCCCAGUACAUACAUUUCUCAGAGUCCUUGGGCUUAUGACAGCCUGCAUAGACUUGGUACCUUUUGCCAUACUACAAUUCAAUUCUGCCUAUUGCCCCAGUGGCGUCCACAUUUGGACAAUCUGGAUCACAUGAUUCAAGUCAACGACUACCUCAUUCCACAUCUACUUUGGUGGACAGAGCAAGGGAACGUCCUUGCGGGGACAUCUAUCCUGAGUUUCAGGGCAGAUCUAACAUUGUGUACAGAUGCUUCAUCUUACGGUUGGGGAGCCCACCUAGAAGAUCGCAAUGUGUCUGGCAAAUGGUCAGUGGAGGAACAACUAUCACACAUAAAUCUGUUGGAACUCAGUGCAGUGGAAAAAGCCCUUCACCACUUCAAAAACAAUGUCAAACACAAACAGAUCCUUUUGAGGUCAGACAACUUAACAGUGGUAUCCUACGUCAAUCGCCAGGGAGGAACAAAAUCUCUCUAG